AUGGGCCUCCGCGAGAAGCCGCAAGAGACGAUCCGUCAAGACGAGACCGGACACAGACCUGUCUCGUCCGCCUCCAAUACGAAUCUCGGCAGUCCCGCGGAAGAUCGUGUUGCCCCCAAGAAGUCUCUGGCCUUUUACUUGACCUUCGGCGCCGUCCUGGUCAAUCUUUUCCUCUACGCUCUCGACGCAACCACGCUGUCAGUAGCUACCCCACUUCUCCUCAUCUCACAUCAGGCCAUCGCGGCGGACCUGGCAGGAACUUCGUUGGAGUCGUUCUGGGCCUCCAUCUCGUACCUUCUCGCCGUUGCCGUCACCCAGCCUCUUUAUGCAGCGCUGUCCAACGUCCUCGGCCGGAAGCCGUGCCUCUACGCCGCAUACCUCUUCUUCGCCGUCGGCUCAAUCGUCUUCGGCCUGGCCCGCAACAUGGGCGGCGUCAUUGCGGGACGCGUCCUGCAGGGCCUGGGCGGCGGCGGUCUGGAUGUCUUGAGUGAGAUCGUCAUCACCGACAUGACGACGCUGCAGGAACGCUCCCUUUAUCUCGGGCUCAUGGCCAUACCCAUGGCCUUGGGGAGCGUCCUCGGCCCAACCGUGGGAGGCGUCUUCAGCAGCCUCGUCACCUGGCGAUGGCUCGGCUGGAUCAACCUUCCUCUUCUCGCCAUCUCCUUCCCGCUGACCGUCUUCUUCCUCCGCCUGCGGCCGCUCGAGCACUCCCGGCUCUCGCGGCUGCGGACCCUAGACUGGGUCGGCGUGCCUCUGUUCACCGCCGGCAUCGUUCUCUUCGCUCUCCCGCUGAGCUGGGCGGGGAACCUGUACUCCUGGGACUCGUUCCGCACCCUUCUUCCUCUGCUGCUCGGUGCCGCCCUGCUGUGCGCCUUCGCCUUCUACGAGGGCAAGCCGGCAGUCCCCAUCAUGCCCCAUAGGAUUUUCCAAUCCAGAACGGCCUCGGCCACGCUGGCGAGCGUCUUCUUCCACGGCGUAUCGCUCUACUCGCUACUGCAGUGGCUGCCGCUCCUCUACCAGGCCGUCAUGGCCAAGACGGUGCUCCAGUCGGCCGUGUCGCUCUUGCCUACGAGCGUCGUGAGCGUAGUAGCCGCUGUGGCCGGAGUCACCAUCGUCGGACGGGCCAAUGUGGGAUAUCGAUGGAGCAUCCGGAUCUCGUGGGCCUUGACGGCCGCGGGAACGGGUCUCCUCGUGUUGCUCGACACGGACUCGUCAACCUCAUUGGUGCACGGGCUGCCGGUCAUCUGGGGAGCCGGCAUUGGCCUGCUUCUCCGCCUCCUGGCUCUCCCGCUCCAUGCAAGCGUCGUCCGCGUUGACGACAUCGGGCUGGCCAUCGGCAUCCUCCUGACUUUUCGGCUGCUCGGCGGGCUUGUGGGGCUUUCCAUCUGCUCCACGGUCUUCAGCAGCUACUUCUCGCAAGCCAUCGGGGCCAUCGGCGACCUGCCGCCCUCGGUGGAGCAUCUGCGAGACCCGGAGGCGGCCGUAGCGUUCAUUCCGCACCUGAGGACCCUCGACCUCCCCGAUGACACGUUGCUGCCCAUCCUGCAGGCAUAUUUGACGUCCAUCAGAGCGAUCGUGUACACUAUGACGGGGUUCAGCGGCCUCGGACUGCUGUCUUCGUUCUUCAUAAGCGAUCUCACGCUGCAAAGGACGGAACGGAGCCAGCAACAGUUUGACGGGUAG